CUCAUCACAUUUUCACUGUCCGGAAGCCAAUACAACGACCAAUAUUAGGCAUUUCUUGACAGGAUUUGAAUCUCCAUUUGCUGUGAUCCCUGCGAUCUAGUUAAAGCACGCAAGUUAUUAGCAGGAUGGCGUGUGAAGCCUAACACGAAUGCUCCCAUUGCCGACUUACACCAUACCGCUGUAGAAAAUGGCACCCAGAAGCUAUAUAUCGAGGCUCCCGGCUAUCUCGAUAUGCUUCACUUGAUACAGAUAUAACCUGCAAAAUAUACUGAUCAUUGCCACGAUGGCACCCUCAUUGUUUGACAAGUUUCGAUAUUUCAACCGCAAUCUAGCUCUGGCGGUGACGCUGGUAGCCGUCUCGACGUUCAACUAUGGCUUUGAUAACCAAGCAUUCGCCACCACUCAGUCUAUGGAACCGUUCAUCAGACAGUUUGGUGUCUACAAUGAGACUAGUAGAGCUUACGAAUUGGAAGCAUAUUGGCUAUCUCUUUUCAGUAGCUUAAACUACAUUGGAUUUGCAUUUGGCGUUGUCAUCGGAAGUAUGGUCUCGGCUCGAUGGGGUCGUCGCUGGUGUAUGUUCUCCAUGAGCUGCUAUGCCCUGGUGACUGCUACUAUUGCUGUCACGUCCCAGACGAGGGAGCAGAUCAUGGCAGCACGUAUUCUAAACUACAUUUAUGUGGGCAUGGAACUUUCAGUAAUUCCUACAUUUCAAUCAGAACUUGUUCCUGCAGCCGCUCGUGGGUUCAUCGUCGGAUCGUACCAAUUCAGUCUCCUCGUCGGUGGACUGGUGAUCAACUCUGUCUGUUACGGGACCGCCCGCCGCUUCGCAGACAACCGGGCCUGGAGGAUCCCUAUCGGCUUGUUCUACAUCGUUCCAACCAUCGUCGGCAGUUUAGUACUGUUCAUUCCCGAGUCUCCUCGCUGGCUGCUCCGAAAGAACCGGAUUGACGAGGCCAAAGCCAGCUUGCGCAAGCUUCGCGAGAGUGCAUUUACCCAGGACGAAAUCGAAUCCGAGUUUGCCGAGCUUCGUUUGGCUCUUGAACAAGAACAAGAGCAAGGAAGAUUCCGCGAGCUAUUCGACAAGCACAAUAUCAAGCGUACACUGAUCGUUAUUGGCGUUAAUUUCUUUCAGCAAGCUACUGGCCAGGCUUUUGCUUCACAAUAUGGUGCUAUUUAUGUCAGAUCGUUAGGGACGAUUAAUCCUCAACUGUUUAGUCUGAUUAAUUCCUGCAUCAGUCUUGUUCCAAUGACAGCAACGCUUUUCCUUACAGAUCGUAUUGGAAGACGGUCACUCCUCAUGCUAUCUUCUGUUGCAAUGCUUGGCUGCUUGUUCGCAAUGGGCGGCUUGGGUGUGCAGUCGCCAGUUUCUACUGAGCGAAAACGGGGCAUCGUAGGUAUGCUGUCACUCUUCGGAGUCAGCUUUGCGACUGGGUGGGGUCCUUUGACGUAUGUCGUCGCCACUGAAGUAUCAGCGCUGCGACUGCGUGAUCAGACUGCUCGACUAGGAUUUGGUGUCAAUGUUGUUAUCAAUUUCGCGGUCAAUUUCAUGAUACCUUACCUCAUUUCUGAUUCGUAUGUCGGACUUGGCAGCAAAGUUGGUUUCAUCUUUGGGUGCAUGGCUGUUUUAUCAUUCAUCUUCACGUAUUACGCGGUUCCGGAAUGUAAAGGCAAGAGCUUGGAACAAAUUGACCUGAUGCUUAAGAACGGCGUAAGGCUUCGCGAUUUUGGAAAGACGGGUACGACAUCGAUGAUGCAUACAGAGACCCAUUUUGUGAGCGACAAGGCACGGGUACAUGCGGACGAUCAGGAAAGUUGAUGGUGUAGACACUAGCAACCAACGCAACUGGAUUGUCCAAGUACAAGCAAUGAAUCAAAUAGAGAUUAGUACAUUGAGUUGACAAAGGAGAC